AUGUCGAUCAUUAUGAUCAUUCAUCUGGGGGAGAGUAUCGUUACCCUGGGUAUCUCCCAUUUCCAUCUUCGUAUGUUCCCCAGGGAUCCCCUGAUCGGAGUCUUCAAGUGGGCGGCCAUCUAUCUAGCGCUGCGGCCAUUGGGUGUAGCAUUGGUUCGAAUACGGAUGGAGCUGAUCAGCAUCUUGGGUCCCGCACCCAGCCACAUUCAACCCCAUGCCAAUCGCGAAGUGAUGGCGGGUUCGACUUCAGUCGAUAUCCUGAAGAAUCGACGCCGGGAGUCUGUCUCUCGCGAUUCGGAACUGCUUGACGACAGCUCUUCUAGGUUCCCAAUGACGGGAGUGUCAACGGAGAGUACUGCUGCGGCCAAGUCAUCACUUCCCUCCGCUCCUCAGCUUGGCCAAACAAGCACGCGUCGGUCAAGAGGAGAGUAUAGGAUGAACCAGCGCAGAAACAAGGGGGAAAAGAGUGCCGCCCACUGUAAUUUGAAGGGUUUUGCGAUGUGGAACAUGCGUCCUUCAACUGAAGAAGGAGUGAUUGAGACACGCUUGAAAGAGCUAAAGAAACAUGAUGUCCGGAGGCAGAUCAAUGGGAAUCAUCUAUUCUCCUAUCAGGAGUGGGCAGCCAAGCAAGCAGGGAUCAAAGAUGAGAAAGUCAAGCUAUGUCUACAUUGCUUCAGGACCUACGGCUUAUUGAAGCCACAAAGAGACAGGAAGACAGAUCCAAACACAAAUGCGUGCCUAUGCGAACGUGUCACAAGAUCAACGAUAGAAGAAAAUCUCAAGAAGGACAAACCUCUCGAAAUUGGGAGUAGAUACUGGUUUCCCCCGGAUUCACCUAAGGAUUUAGAUUAA